ACCAUUGCGGAAGCAUCACGGAACAUUUAAACUUAGCGGCAACCAAAGAUGGAAAAAAGUAAGGAAUACUUGCCAGUUUGAUACAGAGACAAACUUGUUACCACGGCGAAGGACAGAUAUGUGAGCAAUUUUAAGGAUGUGAACAAUGUUGACCCUCACGAGCAAGCCGAACACAAAUGGAAUAAAGAUGUCGACAAGCUUCCACCACUACGCGAAAUGGACAUCAUGCUGUAUUUAGUGUUUGGUAUAUGUUACUACACUCAUCAGCAAUUCCGAAACUACAAAUCGCUACAAAGCUACGAACAGUUUUGCUGCGGAUGGGUGCAGGAUCUUCACUUUAUGACCAUAGCAAACUGCAACACAUCUUUCUAGCAAAGGACACAACACCUGAUGAGCUGCUGAGCACCGUAAUGAGCGCCGUACUGCGAGAUGUGGGCGUGCCGCCUCAUCUCCUGGGUGACGUGUGCGUCGUCCAUUGCCUCCACAGGAAAUGUGCUGCAGCCUGGCGCCGGAGCCGUGAUGGCCCGUGUGGCCCAGUUCCUCAGCGGCUUCCCAGAGUCAGUUCCUGUGUACACCGUUAACAGGCAGUGCUCGUCCGGAUUGCAGGCCAUCCUCAACAUUGCAGGUGCCAUCCGGAGCGGUGCCAUUGACUUGGGCCUCGCAUGUGGUGUGGAGAGCAUGUCUCUGCAAUCCAUGGGCAAUCCUGGCGAUUUGAGCUCCAGGCUGGUGGACAACGACAAGGCCAGAGAUUGCCUCAUCCCCAUGGGCAUGACUUCAGAGAAUGUCGCAGAGAGAUUUGGGAUCUCUCGAGAGAAGCAGGACGCCCUUGCACUCUCUUCCCACCAAAAGGCGUCACAGGCGCAGUCGUCAGGCGCCUUCGAUGAUGAGACGGUGGCCGUCGUCACCAAGGUUCUGGACGAGGAUGGCAGAGAGCGACAGGUGACGGUGGCCAAGGACGACGGCAUUCGGCCGGGAACUACGAUGGACGUGCUCGCCAAACUGCGACCUGCCUUCAAACCCGAUGGCACCACUACAGCCGGCAACUCGAGUCAGGUUAGCGACGGCGCGGCGGCCGUUCUGUUGGGGCGCCGUUCCGCGGUUGAGGCGUUGAGUCUGCCGAUCCUCGGAGUCCUGAGGGCUAGCGCCGUGGUGGGAGUCCCGCCAGACGUCAUGGGCAUCGGACCUGCCGUCGCCAUCCCGGAGGCGCUACGCAAGGCUGGUUUAAGCAUGGACGACAUAGCGGUGUUUGAGAUCAACGAAGCGUUCGCCAGUCAGGCGGUGUACUGCGUGGAAAAGUUGGGAAUCCCCUGGGAGAAGGUGAACCCCAACGGUGGAGCCAUCGCCUUGGGGCACCCGCUGGGCUGCACGGGUGCUCGCCAACUGGUCACCUUGUUGCACCACCUCAAACGACAACGGCGAAGGGCGUACGGUGUGGUGUCCAUGUGUGUGGGAACGGGUAUGGGCGCGGCCGCCGUCUUCGAGUAUCCUGGCCCGUGAUGAGCGUGGUUGCAUGAAAUCAAUUCCAACAGCCCCAGCUUGGCCACACCCAGUCAGGUGACUUGUCCACAAAAAAAAAAAAAAGAUCAGGUUUAAUAACAUUUAGUACAGAUGGUGUGAUGUCCUAAAUUUCAUUUGGAAUACUAAUGGCGCCCCUUUAACAACAUGUCAUUUAUGUGUAACAUGUAUUAGUUACACAUUUAAUAAUGUAUGCAAAUAUUUUUGUCAAUUCUUAAUUUUGUACAGGUCAUACAUAUGAGUAAAUAAAACAUCUGCUGACACAAAUUUGAAAAACUUGUUCAACUUCCUGUUUUUUAACCCUUUCAGGGACUGUGGUCACUACAGUGGAAAGCUCUUCAAACGUUAACACUUAGGACAUUUAACCAUUUAUAGGUAAAUGACCAUUUUUGGUCAUGAAGAAAU